ACGAGCGAGUGCCCUGGGUGAAUCAAUGGAAACCCCCUCACGAAGCCGGGAAAACACUUCAGCCGCAGCCAAAUAGCAUUGAUUAUUUUCCUUCACUUCCCUCACCGCCGUGAAUAUAUUUAUUUAUUUUUUUCCAUCUCCACCCCCGACGCCCCGGAGUGAGCGCUGGAGGGAGGGAGGAGGAGGGGGGAAAAAGGAAUCAACACAUCGGAGAAGUCCCUUCCAAGAGCCGCCCCCUCCCCUCCCCGCCUCGCGCUGCUCGGCGGCCGCGGUUCGACUCCCGUCCCUGCUUCCAGCUGAGGUGGUACUGGCUGUCACGCUGAGAUGAACCCCCAGCACUUCUCCGUCUGCCAUGGCCUCCCUUAGCUCAUCCUCUAUUGCUGGCACCUCCCCACCCCCUGGGCACAAUGCCCUGUCCCCACCUCUGGACACCUCUUCCCCCAGCAUCCCCCCUGAUCUUGUCACCAAAGAUUCCACCUCUGAGAGCAUGAGGCCCUCAGAACCAGGGGGACAGCCUCUGGAGUCGGGCUGUGGCCUCAUCCCACCAAAGGAGAUUGGGGAGCCCCAAGAAGAGCCUGGCUGUGGUGGCUUCCCACCAAAGGACCUGGGGGUGGAAGAGGACAAGGAGCAGGAGGAGGAAGGAGGCGGGCUCCCUCCUGUGGACCUAAGCAACCAUUUACUCUUCACAGCUGGCGGUGAGGCCUGCCUUGUGGCCACGCUGUCCCUGCCGGGUGGCAGUCAACUGCUGUUACCAAAGGGCUUCCCCUGGGGUGAGGCGGGCACCAAGGAAGAGCCCAGCCUACCCCACCCGCCCCCUACACACCUCACUGCCCUUCACAUCCAACAUGGCUUUGACCCAAUCCAAGGCUUUAGCUCUUCUGACCAAAUUCUGUCCCAUGAUACCUCAGCGCCAUCUCCGGCCACCUGUGAGGGAAGGGAUGGAGCCUUCUGGAGCUACCAGCUAGCACCAAACCCACCCGGAGAUCCCAAAGAUGGCCCCAUUGGGAGCAGGGGGGGAGACCACCGGGCACUGUUCUGGCUCUGCCUCCUGUGCCGCCUGGGUUUCAGCCAGUCCCAGGCCUUCGUGGGUCAUACACAGUCUCAUGGGGUGAAGCUAACCUCUGCUCAACACCAGGGCCUACCAGGCAACCCAGCUGUGCUCCAGGAGGGGGAGGAGGGCUGCGUGGCCCUCCUAAGCUUCCUGGAACCAAAACCACCUGCUUGCCCCCCUUCAGAAAUGCCCCUUGACAACAGCAGCACAGGGAGCCUGGAGGCGAAUGUAGCCCAGACUGAGGAUGGCUGCCCUGAGGCAGAAACCCAGGCCCUAGUUCUGCCUACAGAAGACGUCAUAACCCUCAGUCCGCCUUCCCCAUCCGCUACCCCAGCCACCUGGGGUCCCAGCCCAACCCAAGCCAAAGAAUCACCAACGGCAGCAGGGGAGGCAGGCCCAGAUUGGUUCCCCGAGGGGCAAGAAGAGGAUGGAGGGCUCUGCCCCCCACUUAACCAAAGCUCACCCACCUGCAAGGAGGGGGGCACUCUCCCCGUCCCAGUGGGCUCCCCCGAAGACCCCAGUGACCCACCCCAGCCCUACCGCCUAGCCGAGGACUACACCCCAGCCCCCGCAGCCUUCCAGGGCCUCAGCCUGUCCAGCCACAUGUCUCUGCUUCAUUCGCGCAAUUCCUGCAAGACGCUCAAGUGUCCCAAGUGCAACUGGCACUACAAGUACCAGCAGACCCUGGAUGUGCACAUGCGGGAGAAGCACCCUGAGAGCAACAGUCACUGCAGCUACUGCAGCGCUGGGGGCGCCCACCCCCGCCUGGCGCGGGGAGAGAGCUACAACUGUGGCUACAAGCCCUACCGCUGCGACAUCUGCAACUACUCCACCACCACCAAGGGCAACCUCAGCAUCCACAUGCAGUCUGACAAGCACCUGGCCAACCUGCAGGGCUUCCAGGCCGGGCCCGGUGGGCAGGGAAGCCCCCCAGAGGCACCGCUUCCGCCCUGCUCUGGGGACAAGGAACCCAAGACCAAAUCGUCCUGGCAGUGCAAGGUGUGCAGCUAUGAGACCAACAUCUCUCGCAACCUGCGCAUCCACAUGACCUCUGAGAAGCACAUGCAGAAUGUCCUCAUGCUCCACCAGGGGCUGCCGCUGGGCCUGCCACCUGGGCUUGUGGGGCCAAGCCCUCCGCCCCCAACAGGUGCCCCUGCCACUCCGCCUGAACUCUUCCAGUACUUCGGGCCCCAGGCCUUAGGGCAGCCCCAGGCUCCCUUGCCUGGCCCUGGGCUGAGGCCAGACAAGCCCCUGGAAUCCCAGCUGCUUCUCAACGGCUUCCACCAUCUCGGAGCGCCUGCCCGAAGGUUCCCCACGCCUGGCCCUGGCAGCUUCUCCCCGGACGCCCACCUGCCUCAAAGUCAGCUCCUGGGCUCCUUGUCCGAGGGCCUGCCCACCUCGCCGCCCCCAGAUGACAGCCCAUCUCUGAAGGUGUUCCGCUGCCUGGUGUGCCAGGCCUUCAGCACAGACAACCUGGAGCUGCUGCUCUACCACUGCAGCAUGGGCCGCAGCCUCCCGGAGGCCGAAUGGAAGGAGGUGGCCGGUGACACCCACCGCUGCAAGCUCUGCUGCUAUGGCACCCAGCUCAAGGCCAACUUCCAACUCCACCUCAAGACCGACAAACAUGCUCAGAAGUACCAGCUGGCAGCCCACCUGAGGGAGGGCAGUGGGGCUACGGGCACUCUCUCCCCCAUGCCCCUGGGAGAUGGGACUCCUUAUGGGUCUGUGCCCCCCCUGCACCUGCGCUGCAACAUCUGUGACUUCGAGUCCAACAGCAAGGAGAAGAUGCAGCUACAUGCCCGGGGGGCAGCCCACGAGGAAAACAGCCAGGUCUACAAGUUUCUUCUGGAGAUGGAGGGGGCAGCGGCAGGGGCAGAGCUGGGACUGUUCCGCUGCCUGCUGUGUGCCUGGGAGACGCCCUCCCGCCUGGCCCUGCUGCAGCACCUGCGAGCACCCGCCCACCGCGAUGCCCAGGCCCAGCGGCGCCUGCAGCUGCUACAGAGUGGCCCGGCGGCCGAGGAAGGGCUCUCAGCUCUUCAGAGCAUCCUUAGCUUCAGCCAUGGGCAGCUCCGGACUCCAGGGAAGGCUCCUGUUGCCCCCUUAGCUGAGCCACCCACCCCUGAGAAAGAUGCCCAGAAUAAGACAGAACAAUUAGCUUCUGAAGAGGCAGAGAACAAGACCGGUCCUCCUGGAGACAGUGCCAACCAGACCACGGUGUACUGCUGUCCAUACUGCAGCUUCCUGAGCCCAGAGUCAGAGCAGGUGAGGGCUCAUGCGCUCUCCCAUCAUGCAGUGCAGCCUAAGUACAGGUGCCCGCUGUGCCAGGAGCAGCUGGUGGGCCGGCCUGCCCUGCACUUCCACCUUAGCCACCUUCACAACGUGGUGCCUGAGUGUGUUGAGAAGCUGCUGCUUGUGGCCACAACGGUAGAGAUGACCUUUGUGACCAAAGUGCUGCCUGGGCCCUCUCUCAGCCCUCUGGGGGAUGGCCCAGUGCCCCUGGCUCCCGGGCCAGAGCCUGCACCCGGCAGAGACCAGGCAGCAGAAGGCCCUCAACCGCCUCCAGAAGCCAGUCCUGGUCCUCUUCCUGAGCCGCCCCUGCCCUCAGCCGAGGCCCCAGACAAGCCCACAGGAAGCCCUGACCAACCCCCUUCUCCAGCCCCAUCUCCAGCCCCUCGACCUGAUGCCCAGGCUGAAGAAAUGGCUGCUCUGCCCCUCAUGGCUGAGGAGGAAGAGGGAACUGCUGGGGAGCCCCGCCCUGCAGAACCAGCUCCAGCGGACUCGCGCCCAGCUCUGACCUAUCGGAAGACCACCAACUUUGCACUGGACAAGUUCCUUGACCCUGCCCGGCCCUAUAAGUGCACUGUGUGUAAAGAGUCCUUCACACAGAAGAAUAUCCUCCUGGUCCAUUAUAACUCUGUGUCCCACCUGCACAAGAUGAAGAAAGCUGCCAUUGACCCCUCUGGCCCUGCCCGGGGAGAGGCUGGCUCAGCGCCUGCCACCACUGCGGCCACAGACAAGCCCUUUAAGUGCACGGUCUGCCGCGUCUCCUACAACCAGAGCUCCACCCUGGAGAUCCACAUGCGCUCAGUUCUGCACCAGACUCGCUCACGGGGGGCCAAGACUGAUGCCAAGGCUGAGGGGCCAGAGCGUGGCCAAGAAGAGUCCAAAGAAGGCGAGACUGAGGGGGAGACGGGCACUGAGAAGAAGGGCCCUGACCCCAGCGGCUUCAUAUCUGGGUUGCCCUUCCUGUCCCCUCCUCCCCCUCCCUUGGACCUGCACCGAUUCCCAGCCCCUCUCUUCACCCCGCCGGUCCUGCCCCCCUUCCCUUUGGUGCCCGAAUCACUACUUAAGCUCCAGCAGCAACAGUUGCUCCUGCCCUUCUACCUCCAUGACCUCAAGGUGGGGCCCAAGCUGGCACUGGCUGGGCCUGCACCCCUGCUGUCCCUGCCAGCUGCCGCCCCUCUGCCCCCACCUCCACCCCCAAAGGCUGAGCUGGCUGAGCGGGAAUGGGAGCAGCCCCCCAUAGCUGAAGAGGGAACUGAGGCAGGGACAGCCUCACCCCCCGAACCAACACCCAACGAGGCAGCCCACACUGCAGCCAAAGCCCUUCUGGAAAACUUUGGUUUUGAGCUGGUGAUUCAGUACAAUGAAGGGAAGCAGGCUGUGCCCCCUCCUCCCACCCCACCCCCUCCAGAGGCCCUGGGGGGUGGGGAGAAGCUGGCCUGCAGGGCCUGUGGGAAACUCUUCUCUAAUAUGCUCAUCCUCAAGACACACGAGGAGCAUGUCCACCGCCGCUUUCUGCCCUUUGAGGCCCUGAGCCGUUAUGCUGCUCAGUUUCGAAAGAGCUAUGAUAGCCUCUACCCGCCCCCUGCAGAGCCCCCCAAACCUCCUGAUGGGUCUCUGGAUUCGCCUGCUCCCCAACUGGGUCUGCCCUUCCUGGUGCCAGAGCCCGAGACAGAGGUGGCCCAUCCCGCUGAGGAGCGAAGCCGGGCGGGACACUGGCCCCCAGAGGAGGAAGACAACGCCAGAGGGAAUCUUCCUCCCCUGCUGCCUGCAGGCCGCCGAUUCUCCAGAACCAAGUUCACAGAGUUCCAGACGCAAGCCCUGCAGUCUUUCUUUGAGACCAGUGCCUACCCCAAGGAUGGAGAGGUGGAGCGGCUUGCAAGUCUCUUGGGCCUGGCUAGCCGUGUGGUGGUAGUGUGGUUCCAGAAUGCCCGCCAGAAAGCACGCAAAAAUGCCAGCGAGGGCGGGCCUGCACCAACCGCGGGAGGCACAGGGGGAGUCUCUGGCUGCAGGCGCUGCCACACCGCCUUCUCCUGUGUUUUUGAGUUGGUGCGACACCUUAAGAAAUGCUAUGAUGACCAGCCCCUGGAAGAGGAAGAGGCAGAGAGAGGGGAAGAGGAGGAGGAAGCAGAGGAGGAAGAUGCAGAGGAGGAGCAGGGCCCGGAACCCCCAAAAGGUCCCAAGGGCCCAUCACCAGAACCUCCAGACAGGGAAGAGCUGAGCCAAGCAGAAGCAACAAAGCCAGAAGGCAGAGAGCCUGAAGGGAGGGCUUCUCCCUCACCUGCCCCAGCCCACACCUGUGACCAAUGCGCCAUGUCUUUCUCCAGCCAGGACCUCCUGACCAGUCACCGCCGACUACAUUUCCUGCCAUCUGCGCAGCCCGGUGCUGCCUCCCACCUCCUAGAUCUACCCUUGCUGGUGUUUGGGGAGCGAAACCCCCUGGUGGCAGGCGCUCCACCAGUGCCAGGGCCACCCCUCAAACGGAAGCACGAGGAUGGUAGCUUGUCUCCCACGGGCAGUGAAGCAGGGGGUGGAGGGGAAGGUGAGCCCCCCAGGGACAAGCGCCUGCGUACCACCAUCCUGCCCGAGCAGCUGGAGAUCCUGUACCGCUGGUACAUGCAGGACUCCAACCCAACACGCAAGAUGCUGGACUGCAUCUCCGAGGAGGUGGGGCUCAAAAAGCGGGUGGUGCAGGUCUGGUUCCAGAAUACCAGGGCCCGAGAGAGGAAAGGCCAGUUUCGAAGCACCCCUGGGGGAGUGCCCAAUCCAGCGGUCAAGCCCCCUGUCACACCCACCCCUGCACCCUUCCCCAAGUUCAACCUCUUGUUGGGCAAGGUGGAUGAUGGGACUGGGAGGGAGGCCCCCAAGAGAGAAGCACCUGCUUUUCCCUACCCCACGGUCACCCCGACUGCAGGGCCCCUGCCUUUCCUGCCUCCUGGGAAAGAGGCCGCCAUCCCAACACCAGAGCCACCUCUACCUCUCCCUCCUCCCCUUCCCCCCAGUGAGGAUGACGGCCCAGAGGAACCCACAAAAGCUUCUCCAGAGAGUGAGGCUUGCAGUCCAUCUGCAGGAGAUCUAAGCGAUUCGUCUGCUUCCAGCCUGGCUGAACCAGAAUCCCCUGGGGCUGGAGGGACCAGUGGGGGACCGGGUGGGGCUGGGGUUACAGAUGGGAUGGGGCAGCGGCGCUAUAGGACCCAGAUGAGCAGCCUGCAGCUGAAGAUCAUGAAAGCCUGUUAUGAAGCCUACCGCACCCCCACCAUGCAGGAGUGUGAGGUGCUGGGGGAGGAGAUUGGGCUGCCCAAGAGAGUCAUCCAAGUCUGGUUCCAGAAUGCUCGUGCCAAGGAAAAGAAAGCCAAACUGCAGGGGGCAGCAGCUGGCGGGGCUGGGGGCAGCAGCGAGGGCCCCUCGGGAGCCCAGCGCACUGACUGUCCCUACUGUGAUGUCAAGUAUGAUUUCUAUGUCUCCUGCCGAGGCCAUCUCUUUUCCCGCCAGCACCUGGCCAAACUCAAGGAGGCGGUCCAAGCCCAGCUGAAGAGUGAAAGCAAGUGCUAUGACUUGGUUCCAGCACCUGAGGCAUCUCCGGCUCCCAAGGCCCCACCUGCCACCACACCUGCCUCUAUGCCCCUGGGGGCUGCCCCAGCCCUGCCUCGCUUGGCCCCAGUCCUCCUGCCCGGCCCAGCUCUGGCCCAGCCCCCCUUGGGCAGCCUAGCUCCUUUCAAUUCAGGCCCUGCAGCCUCCUCAGGCCUCCUUGGCCUCGCCACUUCGGUUCUGCCUGCUACCACAAUGGUCCAGACUGCUGGCCCAGGCUGCCCCUUACCUCAGAGAUCUGUGCCCGACCAAACCAACACCUCCACGGCAGGCACCACUGACCCUGCCCCAGGCCCGCCUACUGAGCCCUCUGGGGAUAAGGUCUCUGGUGAGCGAAAACCAAUUGCAGCCCCCACCAACUCCUCCACUGAUGCCCUCAAGAACCUCAAAGCAUUGAAGGCCACUGUCCCAGCCCUGUUGGGGGGCCAGUUCCUGCCCUUCCCACUGCCCCCUGCAGGAGGGGCCACACCACCAGCUGUCUUUGGCCCCCAGUUACAGGGAGCCUACUUCCAACAGCUUUAUGGCAUGAAGAAGGGGCUAUUUCCAAUGAACCCCGUGAUACCUCAGACCCUCAUCGGACUACUCCCCAGUGCCCUCCUCCAGUCACCACCCCAGCCCCCUGAGCCCACAGCCACAGCACCUCCAAAGCCUCCUGACCUGCCCGCUCCAGGGGAGGGGGAGACCGGGGAGGCGGACGAGCUGCUGACAGGCAGCCCUGGCAUCUCCACCGUGGACGUGACCCACCGCUACCUGUGCCGCCAGUGCAAGAUGGCAUUUGACGGGGAGGCUCUAGCCACUGCUCAUCAGAGAUCCUUCUGUUUCUUUGGGCGGGGUCCUGGGGGUUCCAUGCCCCCCCCACUUCGGGUGCCCAUCUGCACUUACCACUGCCUGGCAUGUGAGGUGCUGCUGAGUGGGCGUGAAGCCCUGGCCUCCCACCUGCGCUCCUCGGCCCACAGGCGAAAGGCGGCCCCACCCCCCGGGGGCCCACCCAUCAUCGUCACCAACGCCGCCACUGCCGCCACCGCUGCCGUGGCUUUUGCCAAAGAGGAAGCAAGAUUACCUCACACGGACUCCAACCCCAAAACUACUACUACCUCUACACUUCUAGCUUUAUAAACAGAUAAAAGAUAAACCAAGAUCUGGGAGGGAGGGCCUCAGGGCUCCCUCUCUUACCCCAAGGGGUGUUUGGUGGGAGCUCAAAUCCCUCUCCCCAACCUUUAGCUCGCCCACCUCCUGGGAAUCUCAAUUCCCACCCUCAGUGGGCUUCACACACCCACUUCUAGCAGAGUCCUGCCUCCUCCCCUGCCCAGACACACACCUCCACUCCUCCUUGCCCUGUGACUUCAGACAUCCUCAUCUUGUCAUCCUUAUUAUUCACUCAUGUCUGCUCUGCUCAGCAUACACAGAAUCUGUCCCUGAUCUAUCUUCCUACAACUUUUUCCCGCUGAAUUCCCAGUCACAUCCCAGCUCCUAUAAACACACACACGAGUACAUGUUCUCCCGUGCUGUUCCACUGAGAAAACACCAAAAAGAAGGAAAAGAAGAAGAAAAAGAAGAAGAAGAAGAAAGAAAGAAAGAAAGAAAGAAAGAAAGAAAGGAAGAAAGAAAGAAAGAAAGAAAAAGGAAACCCCAAGACAGAGAAGGGGAAGGAAAAUAAACUGUCGCUCCCCCUUCUUCCUGCCCCCUUGUCUAGAGCACCAUCUGCUCAAAAACUUUCCAAAUACCCAGUUGGCUCCCAAUGUUGGAGCCUGGGAUGGGCAGGGAGCCCACAAAACUAACCAAACUUUAGGUUGGCGGGGAGAAGUGCUCCCAGCUCACUCUCCUCACAUCCCUCCCAACCUCCUUGUCUGGCAGGGGAGCCCGUGGCCUGGACUCCAGGGGAAGCGGCCACCAGGGAUCCCUCUGCCAACCCCCACCCUGCACCCUGAGAACUGCAGUAACUUAUUCUCAAAGGCUUUAAACACAGAGAUCCUCUCAGCAGCCGUGGGCCUGCCCCUUGUCCCAGCCCUGCCAUGUGGGGGUCCAGCCUCUGGGACCGGCGCUGCCCACCAACGGCAAAUCCAAAGUUCUUUAAAAAACAAAACAAAAACUGAAACACACACACAACCAAAAAAGAGAAAGCGCACACAUGUGCACAGGAGUGAGAGAUGGAGAGGAAUGAACUAAAAAGAAACAAACUUGGAAAAUACGGAAAAAAAAGAAAAAAAAAACCUGAAAACUCUCCCAUCAAACAAGUGGUUUUUUUCCUGUUUGUGUCGCCUCCCCCCAUUUUAAGGGUUUCUUUAAAGCACCUCAUCUUUGGAAGGUCAUAUGGCUUUAAGACCUUGCAUGGGUACAGUGACCCUGGGGACAAAGUAGUGCAGCUUUGCCCUGGUCAUGUGGGGUCGGGGCACUGGAGAUGGGGAGACACAUCCUUGCCCCUGAACUGAGUAUUUGUCAGGAGAGGUAACAUCCCCCAUCCCCAGAUGUGGGUCAGAAAAGCCGACGCUGCCAAAAAUAUCUUGGUAGUGUCAGGAAGAAAGGGGUGGACGGGCAGUUGAUUUCUGAGUCUUGGGUAUGCUUCCUUUUCAUGUAGCUAAUCACCAUUUCUCAUUCACAACUUUCAUAAACCCCUACUCCUUUUCCCCUCCCUAGUGGCCCUUUCAUAUUUUGGUCACUUCUUAAACCUCCUUGCCUUUGGGGACCCUUGUUCCCCAUCUGUUUUCUUCCCCCCUGUAUGCCCUGGCACCUGUUCCCUUCAGCCCGGCCCCUCCAGUAAGCAGCAUCUGCUGGGAGCACCCCCAAAGGAGUCAGUGUCUGUGAGCCCCAUGGGGGCCAGAGCAUGACUGCAGGGUGAUAGGUGGGCAAGGAGGUGACUAAGCACAGGUGAAUCUCUGAUAGGGUGAUGUCACCAAGAGGAAUGAGCUGGGACAGGUUCCCCAACUCUAUCCCAAUUUUCUCUGUAAUCAUCAGGUGGUAAGUGCAGCAACCCCAAAGCCCAGCUAAAGUGAAAUAGGGUGGAGAAGCAGGUAUUUUAUUUUAGCACAGAAAAACCCCCAAAGCUUUCCCAGUCUUACAGAUUGUGUCUCCUACUACCCUUGCCCCUAAGAACACCCCUUGCAAGGGAGCCUGCUUCCAGACUCUCCUUCCGGCUUCCUCCGCUCCGAUUCUCCGUUUCAGAUGCACACACACAUUCAGCCAGCCCUGUAUUUGGAUUUCCCAGUCUGUCACUCCACUCUGUGGACAUGUUAAUACCGAAGCAGUGGCUUAUAUGCAGAAAAGACGGAAGGGGAGAGGAGGAAGGAAAAUGGCUGUCCUUAGUCCCUGUCCCCUUCAUUUCUCAAAUUAAAAGCUCCAAUGCUAACAAACCAGGGCGGGGUGGAAUUAUUCUGACGAUGCCAAAAAUGCCAGUUAUAAAUGCAGGCGGGAGGAUAGAACUGGCCUACUGUGGUCUUGCUCUAGCUGCCCUUCUCUCACCUCUCAACAUCUCGCAUCCUUCCCUUCCUCCCUACCCCUUUUCUCUCCUGUUGAAAUUCUGUGUAUAAAACUAUUUUCUUAGCAGCAUGUGUAUGAAGAAACUUUUUCACUCUUUGCUUUCUGGGAAUGUGACUUAUGUAUAAAAGUUGAAAACAAACAAAAAAAAUUUUUUGAAGAAUAGGAAGAAAAGAGGAAACAUUUUAAAGAAAACCUUGGCAAGACCUGGCAUGGGAUGAUGAGAGUUGUGCUGGCGUGCACUUUAGGGACUUGCAGCCAGCAUAGCUUGGCUUUAGUUAGAACAAGGAAUGUGUUCACCAGGAGUUAAUAUAGCCAGAAAUCCCUCCUCCUCCGGCCCCCCAACAUCAUCUUUUACGCCCAGAUACCCUGGCCUGGAGAUACUAGGGACACUCCCAAUUGUAGACAGGAGCAGCUGUCCUUACCAGGAACAGUGACUUGGGGGACAAGAGCCUGGCUGCCUCUGCUGACUUGGGUCAGUCAUCAUGCUUCUGGAGGGUACACCACUCCACAUUUCCAGUGGCUGGAAGCAUUCCCCCCACCCCUUUCUCAGACCAGGAGGCCUCAGCACUCCCACUCCAGAGAUGCGCAGUGAGCGAUUCUGAUGGACAGAAGGCUGAGUGAGCACAGCCCUAUGCAGAAUGCUAGAAGUGAACACCUAGGCCAAAUCGUGUUGCUUCUGUGCAGUAGGAAACCCAACUCAAGCACCUGACACAGCAACACCUAUUUUGUAGAUAAUGUCACAGCCCUAAAGUGAGCCUGAAUUGGUGGUUCCUAAGAUUGGUCUUCCACAGCUUGUGGCAUAAGCCUAGGGUUUUUGACAUAGUGGGUCCUAAAACAUCAAACUUCUGGUCCACUCUAUUUACUGCCAGAGUCAGUUCCAGAAGACGGGGUGGACAUGUUCUUGGCUGUCUUUGCUCUAAAUCAGUCUGGGUAGGGAUGGCUUAAGGUGCCCAACUCUCAAGUGGGAACAAAAUCAAACUUGUCUGCAGAAGAAUAUGAAAAUCUGAAGCCUUUGUGGCCAAAUGGGGCAGAAUCUGAAAUAAGACCACAAACAGACACCUGUUCUUCCCCGACCCUCUAGCCUGAGUGGACUUAUGAAGCAUGCACAAGAACGAAAAAAGCCAAUUAUUCCAGGCAUAAUAGCACCUACCUCCUUACUUCCUUGUAUUUGUUCCUUAACCACUUUCAGGGCUUAUAGACCAGAUCACUGAUUCCCCAAAUCGUCACCACCCUGAUCUGCUUUAAGAGACAUUCAUUCAGGCAAUCACUCAGUCACCCCUGUGUAAUAUUCACACCUGAAGUACAGAGCUCUGUGUAUGUCACUGCCCCAACAAAACAAGCAAGCACACCCUCAGGUACAGCAGCAGAACCGUGUAGAGAGAGCUGCAGGGAUACCCACAAAUGUAGCAAGUAUAGGCCUCAAGGGCACAAGGGACAUGUCCCAGACCCAUCACCAACACUCCCCUAAGUAGAAACACCCCCCAAUACAUAUUAAUUUUCUUCACACAACAGUAGGUAGGAAAAGCUUAUACACAAGAAAGUGUAACGUGCCAGGAAAAGUAACCAAAUGUUGAACAUUAAUCCAUGGGGCAAGGACCUUACAUUCCUUUGGAGUGUGACACUAGGGAGGGAAGGGAAGUAGAAAUCAAGAGGAACCUUUGGGGAAAACUUACAUGCAACACCGGCGUAAACUGGGCCAGGUGCCAGGGAGCAUUUCUCUCCAGGUUGUGGUGGGGAGCUCAAACCACGAGUGGGGAGCAAUAGUGAGAAACUUGUAAGCCAGGAGGAUGACGUUUCUAGAGGACUGAGUAAGGAAGAAAUGCCCCCAAUACCAAGAAAGCUCUUGCUACAACAAAGGUUUAGACUCCACCCUAG